AUGGCGAUCGCCAACAGUGGGGCGGUGCCGUUCGAUGAUGACUUGGAUGGCAACCUGGACAUUGACCCCGAUGACAUCACCGAGGUGGAAAUGGCCCGACAGAAGAUCAAGCAGCUGAUGCACGAGCAGGAGCGUGCGGCGGAUUACGAGGAUCGACUCACGAGGAAACUCCAGAGACUGGAUGCAGAUCUGGCAUCCAAGAGGGAGCAGGUGGAAGGCUUGCAAAGGAGUCUGAACCUGGAACGCAACAAGUUUGCAGAGGAGUACCGCAGCGAGAAGAGGGAGAGGGAAACCAAGGCGAAAACCCAGGAGGAGCGAAUCAGAGAGUACUUGACCGAGGUGCUCUAUACAAAGCCCAAGCAGAAGGAGAAACGCGGUGAAUUCCACCUCGAUACGGUCCUCGUGUCAUUUGUGAAGCCGAACGAAAGCUUCAGAUACAACUUGGCCUUCAGGGUGGAUUCAGGAACGACCGUUGCCCAGCUUCGGAAUAGCGCCUGCAAGUACUGGGGGGUCAGCUCCGAGUAUUUCAUCUUGCGGACCAUGGCCAACAACAAGUGCCAGGAUGAUAACAAGGUGAAGGAUUGUUUCAAGCAAGGGGAGAUCGCGCAGCUGCGGCUGGAGAUGAAACGCGAGAGCGCCGAGCCGCCCUCCGAGGAGGAGUUGAAGGCAAUUCAGCCCAAGAGCAAGAAGCGGGCGGGGAAUCGAAGCAAGGGCAAGCCGCGAUACAACGCGGAGGGUGUUGAGCAGAUUCAGAAAUUUGUGGAGAACUAUGCCAAUCAGUUGAAAAAGAUGGGCGGUGUGUUCUUUUUGCUGAAGCUUCGGGAUAGCAAGCCAUCGGAACAUGCUGGCAAGAUCAACCUUCGAAAUAUCCUCAUCUACACUGCGCUGGUCAUUUUGUCGGGAUACGUAUAUGUGGUGCGGCGACCUGUGGGGGAAGCCUAUUGGUGUGCCAAAGGCAUACAAGAUUACCUCCUGGUUUCCACGCCCCGCCUUGGUGGUGCCACUGGCAGCUGCACGGGCGCCAUGGGGCUGGACCGGCAACACUGUGUGCCCGGCUUCGAGGACGUUCAGACGUUUGACGAUAUUUGGGAUUGGCUGAACUAUACCGUCCCGGAGAUCUUUUGGGUCGACGAGCCAACGAGCCCCAUACUGCACACCUACAACCAGCUCCUGGGUUAUUUCUCCAUUCGAGUUCAGAACGUGAAGGAACCAACAACGCCUACAGAGUUUUGUGCGAACAAUGCGAAGUUGGUGGCUGACUUCAACGCACUGGCGGAUGAUGGCAACAAUUUGUCCAUUUCCUGCUUUCCGCGGGCCCUGAGCGACGCCAACCGAAGAACGGAUGCCUACCCCGAAAUCUCAUCAUAUUGGCGGAAUCAGACCAUGCAAUCGCAGGGCGACUCCCUGGCAGUGGUCCGAGGUCUUUCUGACCCCGGGCUCUUCAGGUCAAAGGAGUUGAAUCGCGAACGACAUGGCAUCAGCAACAUCGAAGGUCUCAUCGACACCUACGAUGCCAGUGGCUACAGUGUGGACUAUCGGAUGACCGUGUCGGAUCCGGAUGAGCACAUCCGAAUCCAAUAUCGUUCUGAUCUCCAAGUUUUCCGGGAUGCUGGCUGGAUCGGCACCACCACUCGUGUGGUGAUCAUGUCCUUCAGCACCUACAACCACGACUAUGAUGUUUGGACCGCCAGCGAUUUCCUCUUCGAGAUUCCUCCGGAUGGUGAUUUGAUGCCAAGUUUUUCCGUGAAACCCUUCAAACCACGGAUCUACGAGACUAGAGAUGAGCUCACGUUCACCUACAUCGACUAUGUGCGAUUAGCAAUUGCUAUCUACAUUUUGAUCUUCGUAGGAUGGGCGGAGCGUCAGCACAAAGUGCGCAACCACAAGGCGGGUUUUUACUAUCACAUCUCUCUGUCCGGAAUUACAGAUUUGGGCUUAGUGAUUUGUAUUUUCGUGACCGUCGUUUGGCGGACAGUUGUGUUCCAUGACCCGCCAACGGCAAGCUACAUCGAACUGGCGGACGACCAAGACCGUGUCAACGGCUUCCGUUCUUUCAGACAGUUGGCCUGGGAGUACAACACGGUCUUCAUCCUGGAUGGCAUUGUGAUGGUCUUCCUGAUGUAUCGGAUGAUCACAUUCUUCAGGUUGAGUCACACCAUCUACUUGCAGUGGAAAGCCAUCGGUCAGGCGUUGAAGGCCUUCAUUUUCUUCACACUGAUCUUUGUCCCCGCCAUUGCAGGCUUUAUUGUGGUAUCCACUGCUCUCUUUGGCAAGUACAUCCUGGGAUUCUCCAGCUUGAUGAGGACAUCAGUGUCCACCUUCAAGCUCACGCACGGCGACCUGCACCCCAAUAUCCUUGAUCGUGACGUGGUGGUGGGGGUGAUUUCCGCCAUGGCUCUCUACCUUUUGCUGACCUUCUUCCUGAUGAAUGUCUUCAUCACAAUCUUCGUGGAUGCCUACUACGUGAUCCGGCUCACCUGCACUCAGCCCGCUGAAAAGUGGGAUGGCCAGCGGAUCAGAAGCUGGGCGCUGCCUGGAGUUUGCGUCAGCAUGUUUCAGGCACGGAAGCUGGUUCGGGCCAUCGGGCAGUCUGGCCGUCCCAGGUGGAGGGAAGAGAUUGAGAGUCGGAGUGUGUUGUACAGCUCUAGCACGUGGCGGAUGUUUCACAAGCGGUUUCGGGCACCACUUCAGGCCGGGGCUUUGGCCCGGCGGCGAUUAGUGUGCCACGCGGCCGCGGAAGUGGCCACACUGGGGGUGGGACAGGCCAGCCCCGAAGCGGUCUCGAAGCCGCGAGCCCUGCAGCUGGUGCAGAUCGAUUUGGAGCAGAACAAGGUGGUUCUGAAUGAGGAGGAUCUGCAAGUCUUGGAAAAAGCUCUGGAGGAGACUGGUGUGGAGAAGGUGGCCAUCAUUGGAGUCAUGGGAGCCUUCCGCACCGGAAAGUCCUUCCUGCUGGAUCUGAUGCUGCGCUACCUGCGUGAGAAGCACCCGCCCAAGGGCUACGUCUCAAACCUGCCUGAGGCAUGUGAGGUUCCAGACUGGGUCGCGGAGAGACAAGUUCCUGAUUGGGCAGUGAACUGUGGCCCAAAUUUGCUGGAAGGUCGGGAGGGCAGUACCCAAGAUAGGGAAGGCUUUGUGUGGCGCCCCGGCAUGGAGAAAUGCACUGAGGGCAUUUGGGUUUGGUCAGAGGUCUUCGUGUGCAAAGCCGGGGAUGAGGAUGUGGCGGUGGCGCUCAUGGACACUCAAGGUGCUUGGGAUGCCCGCAUGAGCAAGGAGCAAAGCGCAACGAUCUUUGGCUUGACCACCCUUCUUGCGUCACGUCUUAUCUACAACGUCUCAAAGCAGAUUCAACAAGACAAGAUCGACAACCUGCUGUACUUCACGGAUUUCGCCAAAGCCGCUCUCCGAGCUCUUGAGAGGGACACGGGCGUCAAGCGCGAACCGUUUCAAACCUUGGAAUUCCUGGUGCGCGAUUGGCCGCACUAUCAGGAGAAUGUCGGCAUCCCUGCUGCCAGAUCGAUGAUGAAGAACCAUUUGGACCAGUACUUUGAUCCAAAGAUGUCUCAGGACACCAAGAGCGUUGAUGCACUUCGGGAUUUGUUUCAUGACAUCGACGUUUGGUGUCUUCCUCAUCCCUCCUUGAAAAUCGAAAAUGAAAGCUGGGACGGCAACCUGGCAGUCAUCGAAAAGCCCUUCUGGCGCUUCAUCAAUGGUUAUUUGGAGAAGAUCUUCGCCCCAGCAGAGCUCCAAGCAAAGCAAAAUCUGGGUGCCUUGGAGCAAUGCUGA